UCUGCCUGAGAGGAGUGGAGCUGUCAGAUAACUGACUUUUCUGUAGGGGGGUUUUUUUUUUUUUGGGGUCAUGGAUUUAAAAGAAGACGGAGCCCUGGACACUGUCACACUCUAAGUUUGACGCGCAGCUUCCUGAGAAAUACUUUUUCCUCGUAGUUAAGACUAAGACAUCUUCUGAAGAAAUGUCAGACAAGAUGUCUAGUUUUCUGCACAUUGGAGACAUUUGCUCCUUAUAUGCAGAAGGAUCAACCAAUGGGUUCCUUAGCACCUUAGGUCUUGUGGAUGACCGCUGUGUGGUACAACCAAAUAGUGGGGACUUGAACAAUCCCCCUAAAAAAUUUCGAGACUGCCUUUUCAAGCUGUGUCCCAUGAACAGAUACUCUGCACAGAAACAGUUCUGGAAGGCUGCAAAGCCCGGGGGGAACAGCACGACGGACACAGUUCUCCUGAAUAAGCUGCACCAUGCUGCAGAUCUGGAGAAGAAACAAAAUGAGUCAGAGAACAGGAAGCUGCUGGGAACAGUAAUACAGUACGGGAAUGUCAUUCAGCUGUUGCAUCUGAAGAGUAAUAAGUACCUCACAGUGAACAAGCGCCUGCCAGCCCUGCUUGAGAAGAAUGCCAUGAGGGUUAUGUUGGACAGUGCUGGAAAUGAAGGGUCUUGGUUCUACAUCCAGCCCUUCUACAAGUUGCGCUCCAUUGGAGACAGUGUGGUGAUUGGAGACAAGGUGGUUCUGAACCCAGUUAAUGCCGGACAGCCGCUCCAUGCCAGCAGCCACCAGCUGGUAGACAACCCUGGCUGCAAUGAGGUGAAUUCUGUGAACUGCAACACAAGUUGGAAGAUAGUGCUCUUCAUGAAGUGGAGUGACAACCAGGAAAUCAUUUUAAAAGGGGGUGAUGUUGUGCGGCUGUUCCAUGCUGAACAGGAGAAGUUUCUAACUUGUGACGACCACAGGAAGAAGCAGUAUGUCUUCCUCCGGACCACAGGGCGACAGUCGGCCACGUCUGCCACAAGCAGCAAGGCCUUGUGGGAAGUGGAGGUGGUCCAGCAUGACCCAUGUCGAGGUGGGGCCGGAUAUUGGAACAGUUUGUUCAGGUUUAAACAUUUGGCCACCGGACACUACCUGGCCGCAGAGGUGAAUCCAGAUUAUGAGGAAGAAUGCCUUGACUCCCGCUCAUCUUUGGACUCGGAGCAGGAAGCGCUCCGAGCACGGCUGCGCAUGACCCAGGAUAAGGUUAUGUACACCCUGGUCGCUGUUCCUGACGGCAAUGACAUCUCCUCCAUAUUUGAGCUGGACCCCACUACUCUGAGAGGUGGCGACUCUCUUGUGCCCCGGAACUCCUAUGUGAGACUCAGACACUUGUGUACCAACACAUGGGUCCACAGCACAAACAACCCCAUUGACAAGGAGGAGGAGAAGCCUGUGAUGUUACGUAUCGGUACGUCUCCCCUUAAGGAGGACAAAGAGGCAUUUGCUAUUGUGCCAGUUUCCCCAGCUGAAGUGCGAGACUUGGACUUUGCUAAUGAUGCCAGCAAAGUUCUGGCAUCUAUUGCAGGCAAGCUGGAAAAGGGCACCAUUACACAGAACGAGAGGAGGUUUGUAACCAAGCUACUAGAGGACCUGGUGUUCUUCGUUGUGGACAUUCCCAACAAUGGCCAAGAUGUGUUGGAGAUCAUGGUCAACAAGCCCAACCGAGAGAGGCAAAAGUUAAUGAGGGAGCAGAAUAUUCUUAAGCAGAUCUUCAAGCUGCUGCAGGCACCCUUCACAGAUAGUGGCGAUGGCCCUAUGCUACGAUUGGAGGAGCUGGCUGACCAACGCCAUGCCCCUUUCAGGCAUAUCUGUCGGCUCUGCUAUCGGGUCCUGCGCCACUCCCAGCAGGAUUACCGAAAAAACCAGGAGUACAUAGCAAAGCAGUUUCGCUUCAUGCAGAAACAGAUUGGGUAUGAUGUGCUGGCAGAGGACACAAUAACAGCUUUGCUGCACAAUAAUCGCAAACUCCUGGAGAAGCAUAUCACAGCAGCAGAGAUUGACACCUUUGUCAGUCUUGUGAGAAAGAACCGGGAGCCCCGGUUCCUUGACUACCUGUCUGAUUUGUGCGUGUCAAUGAACAAGUCCAUCCCUGUGACUCAAGAGCUCAUCUGCAAUGCAGUUCUGGACCCUGCGAAUGCAGACAUUCUCAUUGAGACAAAGUUGGUGCUUUCUCGGUUUGAAAUUGAAGGCAUGUCAAUUGGUGAGAACACAGUGGAGUCAGAGGAAGAUGAGGAGGAGGUUUGGCUCUUCUGGAAGGAUGGCAGCAAGGAGGUCCGCAGUAAGAGUAUUCGAGAAUUGGCUCAGGAUGCCAAAGAGGGCCAGAAAGAAGACCAGGAGGUAGUUCGCUACUAUAGGUACCAGCUGAACCUGUUUGCCCGCAUGUGCCUGGACCGUCAGUACCUGGCCAUCAACAAGAUCUCAGGCCAGCUGGAUGUGGACCUGAUCCUACGUUGCAUGUCAGACGAAGACUUGCCCUAUGACCUACGUGCUUCCUUCUCUCGCUUGAUGCUGCACAUGCAUGUGGACCGCGAUCCCCAAGAGCAGGUCACACCAGUGAAGUACGCCCGUUUGUGGUCAGAGAUUCCAUCCAAGAUUGCCAUUAACGAUUAUGACAAUGAUGGAACGUCCAAAGAUGAGAUCAAGGAGCGAUUUGCACAGACAAUGGAGUUUGUGGAGAACUAUCUGAGGGAUGUAGUCUGUCAGAGCUUCCCUUUCUCUGACAAAGAGAAAAACAAACUGACCUUUGAGGUUGUGAAUUUGGCCCGGAACCUGAUUUAUUUUGGCUUCUACACGUUCAGUGACCUUCUGCGGUUGACUAAAAUCCUUUUGGCCAUUUUGGAUUGUGUUCAUGUCAGCACCAUCUUUCCUAUUAACAAACUGGAAAAGGGCGAUGAGAACAAAGGCAGUAACGUCAUGCGGUCUAUCCACGGUGUGGGGGAAUUGAUGACACAAGUGGUCCUUAGAGGAGGUGGUUUUCUACCCACAACGCCUGCCAACCCCCCUAAUGGCGAUGCUGUCAAGACACAGUCAGAACCAGAAAAGGAAGAUAUCCUGGUAAUGGACACAAAGUUGAAGAUUAUUGAGAUCCUUCAGUUCAUCUUGAAUGUCCGGCUAGACUACCGAAUCUCCUGCCUACUUUGCAUCUUCAAGCGUGAGUUUGAUGAGAGCAACUCUCAGGUGGACUUGUCAACAAGUGGGAGUCAGGAGAUGCCUAGCAAUAUGUCUGGAGCACUAGAUUUUGAGCAUAUAGAAGAGCAAGCUGAAGGGAUUUUUGGUGGCAGUGAAGAGAACACUCCUUUGGACCUGGACGACCACGGUGGAAGGACAUUCCUCAGGGUUCUGCUCCAUCUGACUAUGCAUGAUUACCCACCCCUGGUGUCUGGAGCUCUCCAUCUGCUCUUCAGACACUUCAGUCAGAGACAAGAAGUCCUUCAGGCCUUUAAACAGGUCCAGCUUCUGGUCACAAGCCAGGAUGUAGACAACUACAAACAGAUUAAGUCAGACCUGGAUCAGCUGCGUUCCAUUGUGGAGAAGUCUGAACUAUGGGUUUACAAGCGGCAAGGUCCAGAUGAGGCCAUGGAUCAGGGUGAUGGUUCGUUAGCAGAGUCAGACCACAAAAAGGGAGUUGUGAAUUCAGGUGGCUCAGAGAAACCCAAGAAACCAGAAAGCACAAGUAGUUAUAACUACAGAGUUGUAAAAGAGAUUUUACUGCGACUGAGCAAACUGUGCGUUCAGGAGGGCUCAUCGGGCCGCAAAAGUCGAAAGCAACAGCAGAGACUGCUGAGGAAUAUGGGCGCACAUACAGUGGUCUUGGAACUGUUGCAGAUCCCCUAUGAAAAGGGAGAAGAUAUCCGCAUGCAAGAGAUAAUGAAACUGGCUCACCAGUUCCUGCAGAACUUUUGUGCAGGAAACCAGCAGAACCAGGCACUUCUCCACAAGCAUAUAAAUCUCUUCCUCAAUCCAGGGAUCUUGGAGGCAAUUACUAUGCAACACAUCUUCAUGAACAACUUCCAGCUGUGCAGUGAGAUCAAUGAGCGUGUUGUGCAGCACUUUGUGCAUUGCAUCGAGACCCAUGGCCGAAAUGUUCAGUAUCUUAAAUUCCUGCAGACAAUUGUGAAGGCUGAGGGAAAGUUCAUAAAGAAGUGCCAGGACAUUGUGAUGGCCGAGCUGGUGAACGCUGGGGAGGAUGUAUUGGUGUUCUACAAUGACCGUGCCUCCUUCCAGACACUAGUACAGAUGAUGCGGUCAGAGCGUGACCGCAUGGAUGAAAACAGCCCUCUCAUGUACCACAUUCACCUGGUAGAGCUGUUGGCUGUUUGCACAGAGGGCAAGAAUGUGUACACGGAGAUCAAGUGCAACUCACUUCUGCCCCUGGAUGACAUUGUCCGCGUAGUCACACACGAAGACUGCAUUCCUGAGGUGAAGAUUGCCUAUAUUAACUUCUUAAACCACUGCUAUGUUGACACUGAGGUUGAGAUGAAGGAGAUCUACACCAGUAACCACAUGUGGAAGCUCUUUGAGAAUUUCCUGGUUGACAUCUGCAGAGUGUGCAACAACACGAGUGACAGAAAGCAUGCGGACACCAUCCUGGAGCGCUACGUGACGGAGACUGUCAUGAGCAUAGUAACUACUUUCUUCAGUUCCCCCUUCUCUGACCAGAGCACAAGCCUGCAGACUCGACAGCCUGUAUUUGUCCAGCUCCUGCAGGGGGUCUUUCGAGUGUACCACUGUAACUGGUUGGUUCCUGCCCAGAAAGGUUCAGUUGAGAGCUGUAUUAAGGUCCUUUCAGAUGUAGCCAAAAGUCGAGCAAUUGCCAUACCCGUGGACCUGGAUAGUCAGGUGAAUAACCUCUUUGUCAAGUCCAAUAACAUUGUGCAGAAGACGGCCAUGAGCUGGCGCCUAUCUGCUCGCAAUGCUGCCAGACGUGACUCUGUUCUGACUACCUCACGUGACUACAGGAACAUCAUUGAGAGGCUGCAGGACAUUGUGUCAGCCUUGGAGGACCGGCUUCGCCCACUGGUCCAGGCUGAGCUGUCUGUGCUAGUAGAUGUGUUGCACCGGCCGGAGCUGUUAUUCCCAGAAAAUACAGACUCCCGCAAGAAGUGUGAGAGCGGCGGCUUCAUUUGCAAGCUGAUCAAACAUACUAAGCAGCUUUUGGAGGAGAAUGAGGAACGUCUGUGCAUCAAGGUGCUGCAGACAUUGCGUGAGAUGAUGACCAAAGACAGAGGUUAUGGAGAGAAGCUGAUUGCCUUUGAUGAUGAGAUGGAUGUAUUAGAGGAUCUUGAUCAAAACCAACCACAGAAGCAACUGGAGGACCAAAAGAGGGGCGAAGCACUGAGGCAGAUUUUGGUGAACCGUUACUAUGGAAACUUCCGGCCUGGUGGGAGGAGGGACAGCUUGACGAGUUUCAGCAAUGGUCCGCUGGGCCCAGGAGGGUCGGGCAAAGCCCAGGCAGGUGGAGGAGGGGCAUCUGGAUCCCUGAGUCGUGGAGAAAUGAGCUUGGCGGAGGUGCAGUGUCACCUCGACAAGGAGGGUGCAUCUGACCUUGUCAUCGACCUUAUUAUGAAUGCCACCAGUGACCGUGUAUUCCAAGAGAGUAUCUUACUAGCAAUAGCCCUGCUGGAAGGUGGGAACACCACCAUCCAACGUUCAUUCUUUUGCCGGCUUACUGAGGACAAGAAGUCAGAGAGGUUUUUCAAGGUGUUCUAUGACCGGAUGAAACUGGCCCAGCAGGAGAUCAAGGCAACUGUGACUGUAAACACCAGUGACUUAGGCAAUAAGAAGAAGAAGGACGAUUCUCUGGACCGGGAAGUACCAGUGCGAAAGAAAGCGAAGGAUGCUGCUCUGGUGAUGACAGAUGAGGUGCGGGAACAGCUUCUGGAGGCCUCUUCUGCCACCAAAAAAGCUUUCAACUCGUACCGGCGUGAUGCUGACCCAGAAGAGCCCUUUGUUUCCUCUGACAGCCACGGCAGCACAGGCGAUAAGAGCCAGGAUGAUGGGGAGAUGAGUGUUGUGAUUUCCAUCAUGCAGCCAAUCUUGCGCUUCCUGCAGCUGCUUUGUGAAAACCACAAUCGGGAUUUACAGAACUUUCUGCGUUGCCAGAACAAUAAGAACAACUACAACCUGGUGUGUGAAACUCUGCAAUUCCUGGACUGCAUCUGUGGCAGCACUACAGGUGGUUUGGGCCUGCUGGGCCUCUAUAUCAAUGAGAAGAAUGUAGCACUCAUCAACCAGACCCUGGAGAGCCUGACGGAGUACUGCCAGGGUCCAUGCCACGAGAACCAGAAUUGCAUUGCCACUCAUGAGUCAAAUGGAAUUGAUAUUAUCAUUGCUUUGAUUCUCAAUGACAUCAACCCUCUUGGUAAAAAGAGGAUGGAUCUGGUGCUGGAGCUCAAGAACAAUGCCUCAAAGCUGCUGCUGGCCAUUAUGGAGAGUCGACACGACAGUGAGAAUGCUGAGAGAAUUCUCUACAACAUGAGACCCAAAGAGCUGGUGGAAGUUAUCAAGAAAGCUUAUCUCCAAGGUGAGGUGGAAUUUGAGAACCCUGAGGAUGAGGAGGAGAAUGCAGAAGACCAUGCAGCCUCACCACGGAACGUGGGACACAACAUUUACAUCCUUGCUCAUCAGCUAGCACGUCACAACAGGGAGCUACAAGCCAUGCUGAAGCCUGGGGGCCCCAACGGAGAGGGCGAUGAGGCGCUAGAAUUCUAUGCCAAGCACACAGCACAGAUCGAGAUUGUACGACAGGAUCGCACUAUGGAGGAAAUUGUCUUCCCUGUCCCCAAUAUCUGUGAGUUCCUGACCAGCGAGUCUAAACUGCGGGUGUACUACACUACAGAGCGUGAUGAACAGGGCAGCAAAAUCAAUGACUUUUUCCUGCGAGCAGAAGACCUGUUCAAUGAGAUGAACUGGCAAAAGAAGCUUCGAGCCCAGCCUGUGCUUUAUUGGUGCUCCCGCAACAUGUCCUUCUGGAGCAACAUCUCUUUCAACCUGGCAGUACUCAUGAACCUGCUGGUUGCCUUCUUCUACCCACUUGAGGGGGUCCGUAGAGGUAACUUGGAGCCACACCUGUCUGCCCUGCUUUGGACAGGCAUGUUCGUCUCACUAGCUAUUGUGAUUGCUCUGCCCCAACCCCACGGUAUCCGGGCUCUCAUUGCCUCCACUAUCCUGCGCCUCAUCUUCUCUGUAGGCCUGGAGCCAACACUCUUCCUGCUCGGGGCCUUCAAUGUGUGCAAUAAAAUCAUCUUCCUGAUGAGUUUUGUGGGAAACCGGGGGACAUUCACCAGGGGUUACAAGGCAAUGAUCUUUGACAUGGAGUUCCUGUAUCAUCUGCUCUACCUGAUCAUCUGCAGCCUCGGUGUCUUUGUCCAUGUUUUCUUCUACAGUUUGCUGCUCUUUGACCUAGUCUACAGAGAAGAAACCCUGCUAAAUGUCAUUAAAAGUGUGACGCGUAAUGGUCGCUCCAUAGUCCUCACUGCAGUCUUGGCCCUUAUCUUGGUCUACCUCUUCUCCAUUGUUGGGUACAUAUUCUUCAAGGAUGACUUUAUCCUGGAGGUUGACAGGAUACCAAAUGUGACUGUAGAGAGCAGCACAAGCAUGACAGGAGAGUUCCUCUCUGCUGGAGUGUGCCGGACAGACAACGGAGGGAACUGCUCUGUGGAGACUGCCGUUGAAGAGUCUUCUGAGGAUGUUUUUGAGGACAAGGAGCAUACUUGUGACUCCCUGCUUAUGUGCAUUGUUACUGUGCUGAGCCAUGGCCUGAGAAGUGGAGGAGGGGUCGGUGACGUCCUGCGUAGACCUUCCAAGGAGGAGCCCCUGUUUGCUGCCAGGGUGAUCUAUGAUCUCCUGUUUUUCUUCAUGGUCAUCAUCAUUGUCCUCAAUCUGAUCUUUGGGGUUAUCAUCGAUACCUUUGCUGACCUCAGGAGUGAAAAACAAAAGAAGGAGGAGGUCCUCAAGACCACCUGUUUCAUUUGCGGUCUGGAGAGGGACAAGUUCGAUAACAAGACUGUGACUUUUGAGGAGCACAUAAAAGAAGAGCACAACAUGUGGCACUACUUGUACUUCAUUGUGCUAGUGAAAGUAAAGGACUCCACUGAGUACACAGGGCCCGAGAGCUAUGUUGCUGAGAUGAUCAAGGAACAUAACCUGGACUGGUUUCCUCGGAUGCGGGCAAUGUCUCUGGUGAGCAGCGAUGCCGAGGGUGAGCAGAACGAGAUCCGCAGUUUGCAGGAGAAGCUGGAGUCUACAAUGAAGCUAGUGUCCAACUUAUCUAGUCAACUGACAGAGCUCAAGGAGCAGAUGACUGAGCAGAGGAAGCAGAAGCAGCGAAUCGGGCUGUUGGGGCACCCGCCACACUUGAACAUAAACCCCCAGCAGCCAGCUUGAGACGUGUACCUCAGUCUUCAUGUGUGGAAAGCUGCACGGGGUGAAGAGGUCACACCUUUUGACUGCCAGUACAUUCGGAUGUGCAACGUACGGCAGAGUGUGCGGAACCCCCUAGGUUCUGUUUAGGCCACCAAAGGAACCGCCUGGUUCACAUCCCUGUACUUUCCUCUUUUCUAGCCCCUAAGCUGGUUCCAGCCCAGUUUAAUAUUAAUACAUUGUUCCAAAUACGGUUAACUGCCAAGUGAUUGCCAUUGUGUGGCCUUUACCAGUGAACUUGAAAUUCAGUGAAUCUGUACUGGAUUUUGAGAAUCCAGCACAGUGAGGCACUGACCCUGAUUUGGCAUAUUAAAGAAAUGCCUUUUUUGCAUCUUAAAACCAGAUGGGAGAACAGUAUUUAAUUUUCUUUUCUUCUCAUUUUUAUAUGAAGUGCAAUAUUACUAUUUUAUUAUGCAGGCACCAAGGUUUAUGAUGUUGUCUUACAUUGACAUUGUCACUUUUCUGUUCCCUUUUUAAGAUUCAGAAUAAAAAACAGAGUUGAUGUGCGGUUUUGUUGAUUGCCUUCAGGACAACUGUUAGCCCACUGGCUUUGCAUGAAUGGACUUUACUGUUUUUAUUUAUUCUAAUUAACUUCAGGGUAAUCUGGAGUGCGGUCUGAAUGAUCACUAAAUGUUCACAUAAGUGCUUUAUUCAACUGUAUAUUGUUUGAGCAAUACAUACAUAGGGUCUUCUAUUUUUGUCAUUUCUCCAUGUAUUUAUGAUGAAUAUAUUUUAUGACAUUCGUAUAUGGCAUGGGCAGUGUCAAGUUUUAGAACAGUAGCACUUACAUUGCCUAAUCCUAUUUCUUCAGUAUGUGGUAAGGUUUAACUUUCAUUCCGUUGCAGUUGUCACUUACACAACAUAUAUCAGCAUCUGUUAAUGAGAUUACCAGUCGUCGUUAAAUAUCGCUUAUACAUGUCCCCUUGACUCAUAGGUCAGCGCUGAUAUAACAUCAGUAAUCAUUUGUUUUAUGCUUUUGAGGGCCUUUGUCUUCUCCUUGUUUACCUGAGAAGACAUUAGGUACAUAGUUUUUAUUUUGUAUGUUUUUGCCUUCUGCCCUCCAUUUGAAGUGUAGAUUUGUUGAAUUAAAGUAGUGUUAUAGAUGAUACUUUCUAACAUUAAGGAUUGGUACACUGUCGGAACUGUAUAUUUGUUUCAUAAAAUAUAUUUAAUAAAAUGUUUGUUUUUUUUUUUCACCA